UCUCACUGUUUCUCUGCCUUAAACCCAAAACCAGAUCUAGGGUUUACUUUUCAUUUUGAAGAAGCCUCUAAAUUGUUCGCGUGAUCUAAGAAGUAGAAUGGGUGAAUUGAAGGACACAGAGGCUUACGAGGAAGAGCUCAUCGACUACGAAGAAGAAGAUGAAAAGGCCCCCGAUUCUGCAAAACCCGCUGCUGAAGCUGGCAAGAAGGGUUAUGUUGGGAUCCAUAGUUCGGGAUUUAGAGACUUCCUGUUGAAACCAGAGCUUCUUCGAGCCAUUGUAGAUUCGGGGUUUGAGCAUCCAUCCGAAGGUAAUCCUUAAUAGCUUAUGAAUACGUCACGAAAAUUGGUUGGUAAACCUUUACAUUAAAAGGAUCUGGCAGAUCAUAUAUACUUACUGAGGAUUCGUCCACUACAAUUUUGUUUGCUUCUUCAUUAGUGCAACACGAAUGCAUCCCUCAAGCAAUUUUAGGAAUGGAUGUCAUUUGCCAAGCAAAAUCUGGAAUGGGAAAGACUGCUGUUUUUGUUCUUUCAACUCUUCAGCAAAUUGAUCCUGUUCCUGGUCAAGUUGCAGCUCUUGUUCUUUGCCACACAAGAGAACUUGCCUAUCAGAUUUGCCAUGAAUUUAAGAGAUUCAGCACUUAUCUUCCUGAUAUAAAGGUUGCUGUUUUUUAUGGUGGUGUCAAUAUCAAGGUUCACAAAGAAUUGCUCAAGAAUGAAUGUCCUCACAUUGUUGUUGGAACACCUGGGAGGAUUCUUGCUCUGGCUAGAGACAAGGACCUAGGUUUAAAGAAUGUGAGGCAUUUUAUACUUGAUGAGUGUGACAAGAUGCUUGAAUCACUUGAUAUGAGAAGAGAUGUCCAAGAGAUUUUCAAAUUGACUCCACAUGAUAAGCAAGUGAUGAUGUUUUCAGCUACACUCAGCAAAGAGAUCAGACCUGUUUGCAAGAAAUUUAUGCAAGAUCCUAUGGAAAUUUAUGUGGAUGAUGAGGCCAAAUUGACUCUUCAUGGUCUUGUCCAGCACUACAUCAAAUUGCAAGAGUCUGAGAAGAAUCGUAAAUUGAAUGAUCUUCUUGAUGCGUUGGACUUCAACCAAGUUGUUAUUUUUGUCAAAAGUGUCAGCAGAGCUGCAGAGUUGAACAAGUUGCUUGUGGAAUGUAAUUUCCCAUCAAUCUGCAUACAUUCUGCUAUGUCACAGGAAGAGAGAUUGAAACGAUACAAGGGCUUCAAGGAAGGGAAGCAAAGGAUUCUUGUGGCAACAGACUUAGUUGGAAGGGGGAUUGAUAUAGAACGUGUUAAUAUAGUUAUCAACUAUGACAUGCCUGACUCUGCUGAUACUUACUUGCACAGGGUGGGAAGGGCUGGUAGAUUUGGCACUAAGGGGCUUGCAAUUACAUUUGUGUCCUCUACCGCAGACUCCGAAGUUCUAAAUCAGGUGCAAUCUAGGUUUGAGGUUGAUAUAAAGGAGCUUCCUGAACAAAUUGACACUUCUACAUACAUGCCAAACUGAUGAAGUUACGAGACAAUUAGGAGGUGGAAUGCGAAUGAUUUAUUGCUGUCGGGGAUGGAUUAGUCGGCAUUUCAUCAAUUUGAGAGUUUCGGCACACUAUUUAACCAACGAUGUUAUUCUUUAAAUUGUACGGAAUAUUGGCCAAUUUGAAUGACUCCCUGUGAGACUGAGGAGAUGUAUCAGUAAUUCAACUUUUUUUUAUGCUCCUGUAUCCGCGUUUUAUUCAGAUGUAGAAAUGCGAAAUAGAGUCAGCGUAGCUUAUAAAUGUAUUGUUAAUCAUCUAUUCGUUGAACAUUUUCAGUAGUGGCACUUGCUAUAAUUAUUCGUGCUGUUUUAUAAGUUGAAUUGAACGAAUUUAACCACCCCGCCCCCUCUCCCCGCUCUCGCACCCACAUCGAUUAUUUAUGAUUGAAUUUCUGGGCCAGAUUAGAUAUCACUGUUCUUUUGAGGCACUACUGUGGUUGGCAAUAUCGCUUUGUGUUGUUUUUUAGAGUCGAGGGAUGGUGUUUUUAUGGUGAUGUUGCGACUGCAAGUAUUUGUUGUUAGAGUUUGGUGUAAUUCUAUUCAUCGGUUUUUGAUAUGCCAUUGCUAGGUUAGGGGUGAUUGAGAGGAAGAGAAAUGUUAGAAAGAUACCCUCGCAGAACACUUUUCAGUACUCAUAACAGGAUAGAAUUUACAGAGCUCAGUAAUUGAUGAAAUUUAUAUAUUGCCUUUGAUUAUAUUUAUUUUUAGAGAGAAAAAAAAAAUAGAUUAAAGAGAUUGAUUAUUGUUAGAAAUAUCCAAUAAAUGUAAAUAUUUUGUUUAUUAAAAAAGUUAACAAUUUUGUCUUGAAUUUUUUUGGAUAGGUAAACAAGAACGGAAGUAUUUGAAGGGAUUAACUUGAGUUUUUCUUAUUUAAUAUCCUAGGCCAAUAAAUUUGCUGAUAUUUCCGGUUGUUGAUGAUAGAGGACGGAAAAGUCAUUAUAAGCGACGGUUAACAUCACAAAGUUUGUCAUGAAAAAUGGAAAACUUGUCAUUUUCCUAAUAUAUGCUCUCUGGACUUGUUGGCAAAUUCAUGUCUAUAUAUAAUUUCGUAUGGUUUUCUAUUAAUUUUGAAAUAUCUAGACCCUAUACGCUUAGCGAUAACUUAUUCCCCUCGAUCUUAAUG